AUGAUUUUAUGUUCUGGCAUAACCCGUAGAUUACUCCAACCGUCGCUCUUGAAAAACGCAAAAUUCCAAACAUCACAAUCACACCUAAAAAUUUUAUACCCAAACUAUGAAAUUGGACAAAGACACUUUUAUACCUCAAGGUUUCUGUUAUUUUCAUCAAAGACAGAGUCUGAAGCAAAGAAUACUACUUCUGACGAAGGAGGUUCAGUUAAAAUGAAAUCCAAUAAUGAGUUUACACAUAUUAGUGAGACUUUUGGACCGGGUAAAUACAGAGGAACAGGACUCCCCAGGCCUGUAGGUCAACCAGAAGAUUUGCCAUCAAUUGAGUUCGGGAAACCAACAGGGAUGUAUAACUUCGUUAGACAUCAACACGGAGACCCUAGGGAUCACCUGAGAGAGGACGGAAGGUUCAAGGAUAAAUACGCAACAGACGGAUUUCACUGGUACGACGCAUACACAGACGUACCUAAGCAAAGAAGAACAAUUGUAAACGGAGAAACAAUGGUACUUGGAGUUGAGACUAGGCCUAUGGAAGAUCUUUUUGGACUUGAACAGACAAACGUACCCUUUUAUCAUAGAAGAAGAUUGAACCUUUGGGGCAGCCACAAGAACACUUUAAGAGCAGAAUUUGGUUUCUUCUGGAUCCCAACCUUUAUCAUAUUCUCCCUAGCAAUACCCUGCUUCACUAUGCUCUAUAUGUUGGACGAAUCAGUAUACACCACUAUGACAGUCAAGGUAAUUGGACAUCAAUGGUACUGGGUCUACGAAGUUGAAUCACCUCCCGUUUAA